AUGGAUCGUACGGUCAUAAUUACUGGAGCCAAUGGAUCAUUGGCCCUUGGUUUUGUGGAUACAUUCCUCUCCUGCUAUCCUCAACAUACAUUGAUCGCGACUGUGCGCAAUCCGUCACCUCAAGACGAUCCCAACACAGCAAAGCUCACGCGAUUGAUUUCGAAAUAUUCGAACCCCAAAGUGGUCAUCGAGGCUCUCGAUCUUGGAAAUAUUGCUAGUGUACGCUCUUUUGCAGAGAAGCUCAAUGCUAAGAUAUCUUCUCGAGAGCUCCCACGUAUCUCAACCAUCGUUUGUAACGCGGCCACGUUAUCACUCGAGGCCGGACAGAAGUUCACAUCAGAUGGGAAUGAGGCCACAUUCCAAGUAUGUCAUCUAUCUCAUUACCUCUUGAUUCUGAAGCUCCUCGGAAGUAUGGACUUUGGGUCUGGACGUAUCGUCAUGCUCGGCUCAAUCACACACUAUCCAGAGAAGCCAAACCCUUUGUCUUCGCUUAGACCCGGGCUUCCUGAGAAUAUCGAAGAUCUCAUCAAGCCAGCUCCGGAUGCUUUGUCACUAGUCCACGACAGAGGAUACCAGAGAUACGGCACCGCCAAACUUGCAAACGUGAUAUUUGCAGAAGAUCUGAACGAACGCUUUCGAAUGGACUCGAAGUUGUCAAAUAUGACUGCACUGGCGAUGGACCCUGGAGGCCUCCCUGCAUCGAGAGCUCAAGCGAAACAAAAAUCAUCCAUUCGAAUGAUUUUUGCUACAAUCAACUUUCUCAUGCCUGUUUUGAAGUACCUUACUUCAGUAUUCCGCACAACGGAAGAUGCCGGCCGAGACCUCGUCGCUGUGAGCAUGGAUCCGACCUUUCAAGGAAAAGGAGGCUAUUACGUUGGUCAAAAGAAGGAUGCUCCAGCGGCGGUCAGUACGGAUGAGAAGGAACAGAAGGUGUUGUGGGCAGCAUGCUGGAGAUGGGUUGGUCUCAAAGCCGAUGAGACAGUGCUUCAAAAUGUGGCUCUUUAA